AGGCGCAGACGCGCUCACCCGGUGGCCCGCGCUCCCUCACCCUGCGCUGUGGAGCGCCCUGUGGACUCGGCGAGCGUGGGCGCCACCGCUGACUCCCGUGGUCUGGGGGCCUUUAGCAGAGUGCGGCUGGGCUCCGCGCUACCCGCCACCGUGGCCCAUGGGUAGAGUCGGCCCAGUGGGCCGGUGUCUUGCUAUACAGAAAGCUGGCCUCGAACUCAAAGCAGUCCUCCUGCCUCAGCCGCCCAAGAUUUUCUUCUGUGUAUGCUUGUCAUAUUCAUCAGGAUUCCCAUUAAACCAAAAAGAAGAUGUCUUUGUAUGAUGAUCUGGGAGUGGAAACCAGUGACUCAAAAACAGAAGGCUGGUCCAAAAACUUUAAGCUUCUGCAGUCUCAGCUUCAGGUGAAGAAGGCAGCUCUCACUCAGGCAAAGAGCCAAAGGACAAAACAAAGUACCGUCCUUGCUCCAGUCAUUGACUUAAAGCGAGGUGGCUCUGGAGACGACCGGCAGAUUGUAGACACACCACCACAUGUUGCAGCAGGCCUGAAGGACCCUGUUCCCAGUGGGUUUUCUGCAGGCGAAGUUCUGAUUCCUCUAGCUGACGAAUAUGAUCCUAUGUUUCCUAAUGACUAUGAAAAAGUAGUGAAGCGCCAGAGAGAGGAACGACAGAGACAGCGGGAAUUGGAGAGACAGAAGGAAAUAGAAGAAAGAGAAAAGAGGCGUAAAGACAGACAUGAAGCUAGUGGGUUUUCAAGGCGACCAGAUCCAGAUUCUGAUGAAGAUGAAGAUUAUGAGCGAGAGAGGAGAAAAAGAAGUAUGGGAGGAGCUGCUAUCGCGCCACCUACUUCUCUUGUAGAGAAAGACAAAGAAUUACCCCGAGAUUUUCCUUAUGAAGAGGACUCAAGACCUAGAUCACAGUCUUCCAAAGCUGCUAUUCCUCCCCCAGUAUAUGAGGAACAGGAUAGGCCAAGAUCUCCAACUGGGCCUAGCAACUCCUUCCUCGCUAACAUGGGUGGCACAGUAGCACAUAAAAUCAUGCAGAAGUAUGGCUUCCGGGAAGGCCAGGGUCUGGGGAAGCACGAGCAGGGGCUGAGCACCGCGCUGUCAGUGGAGAAGACCAGCAAACGGGGUGGCAAGAUCAUUGUGGGUGAUGCCACCGAGAAGGGUGAGUCUCAAGAUGCAUCAAAGAAGUCGGAUUCAAAUCCAUUAACUGAAAUACUUAAAUGUCCUACUAAAGUGGUCCUACUGAGGAACAUGGUCGGUGCAGGAGAAGUCGAUGAAGACUUGGAAAUUGAAACCAAGGAGGAAUGUGAAAAAUAUGGCAAAGUUGGCAAAUGUGUAAUAUUUGAAAUUCCUGGUGCCCCUGAUGAUGAAGCAGUACGAAUAUUUUUAGAGUUUGAGAGAGUUGAAUCGGCAAUUAAAGCUGUUGUUGAUCUGAAUGGGAGGUAUUUUGGUGGACGGGUGGUAAAAGCAUGUUUCUACAAUUUGGAUAAAUUCAGGGUCUUGGAUUUGGCAGAACAAGUUUGAUUUUAAGAACUAGAGUCAUCUCCGAGAUCUUUAAAAGAGCUGCGGACUGAGCAAAGACAAUGAUCCUAAAAGAUCUGUGUUCUGAGCAGAGAUGGGCAAAGCUGGUGAAUACUGGGACUGUUGGAGGGACUUCUGAUACAUAUGUUGAUUGAUCCCUUUUUUAUUUUAUGAUUUUUUAAUAUAGUAUAAAAAUCCUUUAAAAAAUCUGUGUGUAUCUGUUUUUCUUAUUACUACAUCUUGAGUGACUUACUUUUUUGCUGGGAUUUCAUAGUAGUUCUCAGGUGCUUCAGUGAUACAUUUGUUGCACUUUAAAAAAUCUAGAAAGUUUUGGUACACAGGGUUGGUAUUAAUUUUAGUCUCUAUAUCCACCCCUCCUAGUAGAGCCAAACUAGCUACAUAAAUUUUUAAAGUAUCAUUUUGGUAAUCUACCAGAGGUGAAAAUACCUGCUUUUUCUAACAGAAAUUCCUAGUAACUCUCUUUACAACCUGAGCUAAGGCUGAAUUACCAUGACUUGUUUGGAUGAAUUAUUUGUUGUUAAGCUAAGUGAGACUGUAGUAUUUAUGAUGGAUUCAUGGAAUCUAGGUAUAGAAAUCAUGAAACCAGCAUUUGUUUUCAAAGAUUCUAGUCUUUGGCAUAGGUCAGAACUCAAAAAAUAUAGUAGGGACAUUAUAAAUAUAUGCCCACUCAUGUUUUGGAAAGGAGAAUUCUUAGGAUCAGGCUUAUACCAGCAAUAUUUGCAUAGGUGUUGACUAUUGUAUGUAUUUAUAGAAUUCAGCCGUAUUAGCAACUUAAGCUAUAUGGCCACUAAUAUAACUAUGGAAUUGCAGAAAAUUGUGGCAUUUUAGUGCAGCGAUACAUAUGGCUUGAAAAUUUAGCAGCACCACAACAAAGAAAACAGAUAAAAAUAUUUAGCAUUAAGGUUAAGACACCAGGCCAUGAGGUAUCUAAAGAAAAUAUACAUACCUGUCCAUGUUCUCUACCUUGCUUUCACACAUACUGCAUGUUACUUUCCUGAAGUGGCAAGUAAAGGAUAUGUUGUCUCUUCAGGCUAAUAUGCCAUGAAAGCAUAUUGUGACCUUUGGUUGGAAAAAAAUUUAAUUCUUUUAUGUCCAUGGACUUGAUACGGAGACAGUUAACAGUCUGACUCCAUACAGUUUUAUUUUAUUUUAUUUUUCAUAUUUUUAACAAUACCAUUUUGUCUUUUGUUGGUUUGGGGUUUCUGUUUUGAGACAGGGUCUUGCCGUGUAGUUCAGACUACCCUUGAACUCAGUAUGUAGCCUAGGCUUGCCUUGAACUCACUGUGACCCUCCUACCUUAGCCUCCUGAGUGCUGGGAUUAUAAGUAUGAAGUAUGCCUGGCCUCUUUUUUUUUUUUUUUUUUUAAUUGAAUAAAAUGAAUUAAGGCUGGAAUUUUGGACCCAAGGAAGAGUCUCAGUGAUAGAACACUUGUUUAGCAUGCAAGAAUCCUUGGGUUUGAGUCCCAGCCUCACCACCAAAAAAAAAAAAAAAAAAAAGAUUUGAUUUGAUUUGAUUUGAUUUGAUUUGAAGAACAAAAGCCAGGUAUAGUGGUAUAUAUCUGUAAUCCCAGUGCUUGGGAGUCUGAUGUAGGAGGAUCUCAGCAAGUCUGAGGCCAGUUUGCUACACUGUGAAUUCAAUACCAGCCUGGACUACAUUGUGAAGAUCCUGUCUCCAAAAACCAGGGAAAAAAAGUCCAUAUGCCAGUAUUUCUAGGAUAACAGUCAAAAGCAUCCCUGAAAUUUCAACAGUUUGACUUGUGGAAUUAAUUUAUGAAUGUUAGUGUGAAUACCUUUUUGAGCUUCCUAGUACUCAAAUAUACCAUGCUGAAUAUUAAACGUUUAUUUUGUACAAACUAAUGUGUUUAAAGUGUGAGUUUUAGUCUGUCUUUAGUGCUUGUGUUUUUUGUUACCCUUUAGAAUAACACUUUUCCUUAGGUUGCUUUUCCUGGCAUUGUCAUAUCAAAUGAUUAGAAAAGUACAAAUGACUCCUACUACUGAAAUUUUUAUUAGCCUUGUUCAAUUUAGUGGGUAUCCAUCUUCCCAAUGUGUUUUCUUAAUUAUCCCUAACUACACUAAUCAUUUAGUGUAUUAUGUGUAGUGAAUUUCAGAUUAAUUUCUAAAUCUACAAGUUAAUGCUUGGGAAAUUUGAAAUUAAUUUUCUGUAUUAACUAAAAUUGAGAAGACUUUUUUUUAUUUCUUUGUGGUACUGGGGAUUGAACUCAUAACCUUGCACUUGCCAGACAGGUGCUUAUACCACUGAGCUAAAUCCCCAGCCCGACUAAAAGUGAAUAUAACUUAAAUGUAUGCUACAAUAUAACUGGCAAGAUUCAAUGUAAUAGACAUUUGAUUUUUUAAAAUAUUUUUUAAAUUUUUAUUUUAAAGAGAAUAAAACCAAACAAAAUAGAAUAAAGCCAAUCAAAAUAGAACCAUGAAAGCGGUACAGGACUUCAAAAUAAGAUAAAGGAAAAUCAAUAAUGGCUACCAUAAUGCCGCUUGUUUUCUUCAAAAUAGCUAUCUAGACCAUGAGACAAAAGCAUGUAGAAUUAAUCAAACAGCAAGAACUAGGUUGCUUUUUCAGUUGUUAUCUUUUCAGAAAUUUCAGGUGUGUGAUCUCUGAUUUCUACCAUGUCUGUGUCCACUGACCAUGUUCUAUGUGGGCUAGAGCUCUGAGAUUGUAUUUUGUUCCUUCAUCUUCACAUUUUCCUGUGUUCCUUGAAAUCAACCCAUUGCUACAUCCUGAGUGAUUCCUGUAUUGGUUGUUAAUCCCUUGGUGGUGUGGAUUGGACUGGGCACCUGGGUUCCUCCAAUCCGUGGUUCCUGGAGUGGUGGAUAGGCACAGGGCAGAUAUCACCAUUUCUUCUCCAUAAUGGUGGGCCCUCCCUUGGCUCACCAGAAUAACGCCAGCCUAUUAUUCUUUGCUGAUUUUCUGUCCAGUUGAUGUGUCUGUGACAGUAGGUAUUGAGAUCUCCAAUUACAAUUAUGUUACUGCUUAUUUGAUUCUCUAUGUCUACCAAUAACCAUCUUACAUGGUUGGAUACUCUUGUAGUAUGUGUAUAUAUAUUUAUGAUUGUUAAGGCAUUUGUGCUAUCUCUGCCUUUCUCAUUGACCUUGAUCAAUCCCAUGUUAUUUUUCCUUGCCUCAUCUUGUGGCUGUUGGAAUGGCUUUUCCUAAUCUCUUGCUAUUUUUGAGGUACCUUUCUUUUCAUGAUCACUAGCUGCAGGUCUGUCCUCAAGAUCUGAAAUUCUGUCCUGUCCUUCAGUCUGUUGCAUAUACUUUCAGUGGAGGUCCCCCCGCUUCCUCAGUGGAAGUUUUAAUCUCCUGGAUCUCUGGUUAGAUCUGUUUCAUGAAUUCCAUUUCUCUCCUAUUUUGGAAAUUUUUUGUUUCCAUCUUUUUCCAAGCUCAUUUAUUUUGUUUGUAUCUUUGCUAAUAUUUUUGGUUUUAAGCAUUUCUUUUUAUACCUGAGAGGUCUUUUUCUCUCUAGUUUUUGUCAUUUGUUUUUUCACUUCUGUUGUUAUUUCAGAAAGUUUCAGGGUUUGACUUCCAACUUCAUCCAUCUCAUUGAGUUCCAGGCCUGACCUGGGUGGACUGGGGGUCUGGGAUUGCACCCCACCUCUGUAUCUUGCCAUUCUCCACCUUCUCUUUUUGCUUUUAUUUUGUCUGCUAUGUUGAUUCCCUCUCUUUUUGCUUUUAUUUUGUCUUCUAUGUUGAUUCCUGCCAAUCUCACAUGAUACAUAGCUCUACUGCUAACAUUGAGGCCUCUCCCAAGGAGGAAAGGAGAUGUCCAUUCCUUAGGGAUGUCUUCCAUGUAUAGUUGGUUCUUUAUAACCAUCCCAUGAACCUACCUUCUGGUGUUUACAGUUCUGUGAUAAUGUCUAUGUUCCAUCCCAGAAAUGUGCUGGGUAUGGAGCCGACCUUGGCCCCUGGAUGUGGGGUCUGGGGCUUGUCUUCUGUCAGUGGAGUUCUCCAGAGUCCAACUGCUGUCUUACUGCUGCUUCAGAAACUUCCAUGUUACUGGCCUGGCUGAUUACUUCGCUCUCCAAAGGUAUGUGUGUAUGUUUCUGUGCCAGGUUGUUGUCCUGGGUCUUGGGGUUCCCAUUGGUCUUACACUCUUCCAGCUGGCCCCACACAUUCUGUAGGGGUAAUAAAGGAGUCUCAGAAUACGAACUUGCUAUCCUCCAGUCACCCUCACCUGUCUGGAUGCAGGAGUGCAGAGUGCAAGCCCAUCUAGCCUCCAGCCAGCCCACCUUAUAGGAUGCAGUGGAGGGGCACAGAGCACAAACUUACUGUCUUUCAGCCAAUCUCACCAUCAGGGAUGCAGUGUAGGGGUGCAGAGAGCAAAUUCACUGACCUCCAUCUCACCCUGCCAUUAGGGAUGUAAUGGCAGAACGCAAGACUGCAAACCCUGUUUUUGUUGUUUCUUUUUUUUUUUUGGCCUUUUGAGAUGAGUUUGCUGUGCAGUUCUCAGGCUGGCCUUGAACACUCCUCGUAGCCUAGGCUGUCAGUGAACUUGGCAGCAGUCCUGCCUCAGCCUGCUGGCCUAACAUUUGAUACUCUUGAUGGCCCAUCUGCUAUUUUGAAAACCCUUCUUGUAUUUAGAGAAUUUCCUCUACCCUUAACUAAGCCAGAGAUUAGAUACCUGUUUUUCCCAGUCUGUCCUGCUGGUCAGGCUGAGUUGUGCAGUGGGAGUCUUCCAGUCAGACCAGAACUUCACCUUUGGAGAGCUUUAUGAACUGUCCUCACUUAGCCACGCAUACAUUUGAUGUUUGUCUAACCUUGAAGACAGCAGUGGUAGUGACCUGGUUAUUCAUGAGGGUGUGUCAUGGCUAAGGCAGGGAGGUUUUUGUGGAGCUAUUUGGCUGUGAAUGAUCAGGAAUUUCUUGCUUUACAUAAAACUUCGAGUUUGAUUCUCUGGCCUAGCAAAAUUCUGUUCACUGUCUGCUAGUGGGACUUUCGUUAUUGUUUUGGGUUUUAUUUGAUAAAAAUUUUUUUGCUUAAACAAUCAAAAGUGAGUUAUUUUAUAUAUGUUUAAAAACUCAACAUUAAUACCUGGAAUUCCAAAUAACAAAAUCUGAAAGAUAAGAAGAUAGGACAUGGUUAGCAAGGAUUCCUGUUCCCUAAACUGAAAAACUGGUGAACCUGGUAAAAUAUUAACUAACUAAUUCUAACACUCAGGAGGCUGGGGCAGGAAGAUUAUUGCAGACCAGCCUCCAUUACAAAGUGAGCUCAAGACCAGCCUACAUUGCAGAGUGAGACUGUCUCAAAAAAGACAAAAAAAAUAGCUAAACUGUCACUGUGCUUUAAAGUACAGCCAGAACAGACUAGUGUUAAGGGAAGCAGUAGAAAAACAAGGAUGUUUGUGUGUACUCAUCACUUGGACAGCAGCAGUGUUGAAGGUUCAAAAUUCUACAACUCACUGUAUGACUAGUUUCCUCAUCUGAAAAUGGAAAUGAUGAUCAUACCUACUUAGGAUUGUUGAGAAGAUGAAAGACAUCAUAUAUUAUCGUAGUCCAUUCAGGCCACUAUAACGUACAAAGGUAGGAAGCUUUUAAACAAGCAUUUUAUUUCUCAAUUCUGGAAAAUGGAAGUCCUCAGAGCGCCAGCUGAUUAUCUGAUGGGCCUGUGUUGGGUUGUGAAUGGUUACCUUCUCCCUACGCUUGUAAAUUCUUCACAUUCAUUUCUCACUUUCUGUGUUUGGUCCUGGCAUCUUCCAUAUAGAUUUUUUUAAAAUAAAAGUUUAUGUACACUAAGGUUUAUUCAUUGUCCUGUAAGACUUUAUGGGGUUUGAUAAAUGUUUAAUAUUUUAUAUUCAUCCUUACAGUAUAAUACAGAAUAGAUUCAACGCCCUCCUGUCCAACAAAAAACAAAUCAAAAAACCUGUGUUUUAUCUGCUUAUUCAGAUCCCUCUAUCUCUCAAAAUUUGCUGUCUAUAGUUUGCCCUUUCCCAGAAUGUGAUAUAACUAGGAUUAUAUAAUAUGCAGCUUUUUUCAGCUGGCUUCUUUCACUUAGCAGUGUUAAGGAUUUGCCCUUUUUGGAGCUUGCAGUGCCUAUCAGCUGUGCCACCCUCCCUUGGAACCAGCUGAUUAUGGAAUGAAACCUCUACACACUGUGAGUUAAUAAAUCUUUCCUUCUCUAACUUUGGGUGUUGGGUAUUUUGUCUCAGCAAGGAGAAAAGCAAGACAACAUUCAUACGUAGUUUUUCAGUUUUUGGUGAUCAUAAGUUUUCACUUUAGUUGGGUAUUAAGCGGCCAAUUGCUUAACUUCAUGGUCGUUUAAUCUCUCACAAUUUUGAAUUCUCCCUGCACUAUCAUAAAUAUAGAGGAGACAAGGUAAGACCAUUGAAGUUUUAUUCUGCUACUCCUCAGCCCAUUGUUUUUUCCUAUAGCCCAGUUUCUUAAAGAAUCACGUAUUUCUGUCUUCACCUACUUACUUCUGAUUACCUCUUCCAUUAUAUUUGAUUACAAAUUAGACCUCUAUUUCCAAUAGGCCUCCUAAAUCACUAUUAAAAACCAGUGAGGUCUACAUCUAUUGGAAUCUGGUCAGUUAUACUUGACCUUUAUAGUGUUUGGCAUUUUGACCGUUAUCUUUCUGAGGACUAUAAUCUCUGUUCCUGCUAUCAUUUGCUGUUACAACUCACUAUUUGCCCUUUUCUUAGGUGAAACCCUCUUCUUAGGUGAUUUCGUCUACCCUCUGGCCUUUAAAUUUCUUUUCUGAGUAACACAUACAUACUUGAAUGUCACCAAUUUUUGUUACAAAGCUUCAGAUGUUUAUUCAGCUGCCUAUUAGACAUCUCAGUGAGUUGUCUCCGUCUCACCUCUUUUUCUCUUUAAAUCUGCACAAUUCUUUAACUUGGAGAAGACCAUCUGUUCAGCUGUCUAAGAAAUCUAGGGCUCUUCCUAGAUUCCUCCCUUUUUUAUUGUAAUCCAAUCUGUCAUUGAUAUCUCUCGGUUGUAUUUCUUUUGCAACUUUCAUAUUAACCCAAUAGAGUCCGUGUAUUUCAGACACAUCUCAUCUCUUACGUGGAAUUGGCCCAUGGGCUUCACUUCGUCUCUCUGUUGUAACCUUGCUCAACUCUAACCUGCCUUAGCUGUUCAAGCUAUUCCUGUACAUAAAAAUGUUUUGAUCAUUUCCCAGUAACCAAAUGUAGCCACAUAUUCACUAUUCUGUCCUUAUUCAUAUCGUAUCAUACCUUCACAUAAAAGUCCACCUGGGAAAAAUAUUGGCAAUUAGUCUUUCUCUCCCUGGAGAAUUGUCCCCUUUCCCCCAUUCUCCUUCCAAGAGUUAUGCCUAAUAAAUUACGACUUGUGGAAGGUUUAUUGGCAGCACAAACCAUGCAAUGGAAAACAGAAUUCCUGAACUCCGUACCUCCCCCACUGUAAUUACUUUUAACUCUUUUAGCUGGAUUGCUUCUGGUCUCUGCCUCCAUGUUUCUAAAUACAUCCUUGUAAGGCUUCCUCCUCUUUCAAAGCAGAUGUCUCAGAAUGAUCUGUACUCAUUAUACCUCCUUAAUUUCCGUUUACUCUUCAACCCACUACAACUCAAGGAGUAAGUCUAGAAAAAAAUAGCAUUGACUCAGGAAAAUAGAAAACCCAAGGCAAGAGAAGAAAAUUCCCAGGAUGAUGAUGGAGGGAGAUCUGUUCAGUAGCUAAAUAGAGGCCCAGAGAACCCUCAGCUUACAUGUGAGCAGAAAAAUGAAGGACUCAGAAGGCAGUCUCUCAGAGGAAAGAGAGUUGAUACAUAAUUCCAAGGAAAACAUAAAGUUGUAUGGUAAUGAAAAUUAAUGGUGUUGAGAGUGUGGUGUGUGCACCUGCCAUUGCAGCACUUGGGAAGCUGAGGCAAACGGUAGCUGCAAGUUCAAGGCAAGCUUGAACUGUAUAGUGGUACCCUGUCUCAAGCCCUCUCCCCCCACAAAAAUUUAUAAAACUGGCUCAGUUCAUAUAAAUACUGAUGUGUUGGGUGUUUUAUUGUUGCUUUAACUUGAAAGAGAUACAGAAGGCCAAGAAGAGUCUUGGAAAGCUAAACUCCUAUUCUUUAGAGACUGGUUUGUUGAAACUUUUUCCUACGUUGUUGAAUCCCUUGUGUGGGAUCCUGUAUCUUCAUUUUCUUGAUUUCCUCUCCCAUCUUUGGAUGACUAUCCUUUAGUAGUUUUCUGAGAAUAACAAGUGGGAAGUACAUUUUUUAAGGCAUUACAUAUUUGAAAAUAUCUUGAUUCUGUCAUGUACUUAAUAAUUUCGAUUAAACCUAUUUUCUCUCAGAAUUUCUCUCAGAAACAUAUUUGAAAAUAUCUUGAUUCUGUCAUGUACUUAAUAAUUUCGAUUAAACCUAUUUUCUCUCAGAGUAUUACGUUAUUGUUUUUCUGAAUUGGUGUUGAUAAAAUCAGUAUCCUCAUUUGUAACUGGUUUUUCUUCUCUCUGGAAGGCUUUGGAAUCACUGUCCUGAAGUUCAUCAUUGUGUUGUGGGCUGGAUUUCUUUCAUCAUGCUGGGCAUUGGAAAUGGACUGUUUGAGUGUGAAAAUUCAUAUCCUUUGAUGCUGCAAAUUUUUUCUUACAAUAAUGUUGAGCCCACAGCAAAACCUUUUGAGUCUAAAUGUGUCUAAAUGAUGGAGCUGUGCAUGUUUUUCUAAACAUGAAAUUGAGCAUUUUAAAAAUCUUCUUGAAGAGCAAUGAAUAAUGGUAUUUUAUGUAGAUUGACAACAUAAGGAAAAAAGCCAUUUCCUUCAAAAGUAUAUUUCUUUUAGUACUCCAUUAUCACAAUGGAGAUAUUAUUUGUAAAAUUAUCAGAUACACUUAUGAAAUACUGUUACUAUUCCCUGUUAUUGGCUAGGCAUUCACAAUAUAGAUACAAUUUUUUAAAAAGUAACCUAAAGCUUUUUUAUUGGACAAAAGGAUAGAUUAGAGAAAUAUUUGAUGGUGUAGAAUGCCUUACAGAGAAAGGCAGUGUUGUUACAUAAUUGCUCCUUUAAACCUGUAUGACCUGUUGAUGUUUUUCAGUGUUUUUAAGGUACCGACAGCUUCUGGAUUUGAUAACAGGUAUUUCUUUAGCAACCUUCCUAUACACUCUCACAUAGUAUUAAAACUACCGCUUACUAAA